AUGGCAAGUCGGAAGCGCCAGAUGACGCGACGCGACGCGGCUAGCGACGACGAUGAUGAAGAGCGUCCCCAAAUUAAAAAGAUGAAACCGGUUUUGACGGCAAAAUCAUCUAGCACAGAUGCUAGCAAGUCAAAAACAGACACGAAUGGCGAGCUAUAUUGGGAAAUUUCGCGCCAACGACGCGUUACUGUGUCAUCGUUCCGCGGCAAAACGAUGAUUAAUAUUCGGGAAUAUUAUGAGAAGGAUGGACAGCAUCUGCCGGGUAAAAAGGGCAUUUCUUUGACUUUAGAACAAUUCAAUGCUCUGAUUGGAAUAUUACCAGAUCUUGAAGAUGCCGUUAGGCAGAAAGGAGAUACUAUUGAUCGACCGGAAUACUGCAGUCUUGCUACGAAUAAUAACGAUGAUGAUGAGAUGCAGGAAGUAGGGGGGGAGCAUGUGGGGGACAAGAACAAAGUCACUCCCGAAAAGAACAUUGAGGCGACCAGCGAGGAAGAUAGCUGA